AUGGUCCGGACUCCGGGGGCCUCGGCCCGCUGCAGUUCUCCCGGCCUCACCACAGCAAGGGCACCUGGGCCCUCUGCGCAUUCCUCAAGCGGCCUGCGGCAGCCUGGUCGUUCUGUCCCGGGCUGUGCCGGGGGCUCAGCCCCGGGCGGGCUGUGGUGGGGGGCGGCGCAGGGAAGAGGAAGAACAGCCGGGGUCACGCGAUUGAGCAGAAGGUGCAGCGAAGCGGGGAGCUGUCACCCCACACACUUCCCCAGGCAGGGAGCCUCGGCCUCUGGGGUCAGCAUUAGAAGCAGGCUUAGUGCCUGCCCAGUUCCGCCCCACCGCGCCUUCGGACAGACCCAGCGACCCAGCACAGUGCGGAAACCGCUUUCCACCUGCGCUCACCGGCCUCUCCCGGAGCUCAGCGUUCGCAAGGCCCGCGCCUGCACCAGGGUCGAACCUAGGACCUCGCGCCCUGCACUCUGGGCAGACUCUCCCGAUGGGCUGCGUCCCAGCCCCACCCCUCCUUUAUCUCUGGCACAGAGACUUCGCUUUGUCCCACUCUGCCGCAGCGCGGAGUCAGAAGUGUCCACCCAGCUUCUGCUGCAGGCCGGGGGCUUCGGCAGGCUGUGCUGGGGAAACCGAGCAGCACCCACCCUUCUCCUAAGGAAGAGGGGAACACGGGCGUCCACCGAAAACCUCAGCCACUCCUCCCAGCCCGGGACACUUCUGGGGACUGCAGGCCUGACACCGAGGGGCCUACACUGCUCCCCAUGUGGGCAGCCAGUCGGCUGGGACUGGGAGGCACCUCCUGCCUUCGAAGCUAGAGGGCCGGCCUGAGCUCUGCGUGCUGCCACACCCGCUGCAGUCCGCACUGGGAAGGCCGAGCGGGAGGAUCCAUGUGAGUUCGAGGCCAGCCUGAACUACAUAGGGAGACCCUGUCUCCAAAAAAAAAAUGCAUUUGGCUGGACCUGCCUUGCUCCCCUAACCCCACCAGCCCUCUCAUCCAGUCUCCCCACAGGAACCCCCAAGUCUGGUCUGAGUUCACCUCCAGGAGGGCUAAAGGCCUCCAGGAGUCCCAGCUGCAGGCCUGGCACGUCCACCCCUAGCCAGAGUGAACUCCAAGCCUGGGCUCCCCCGUCCAAGCUCCGGCGCACCCCACUGG